AUGGGUGCUCGUGUCGGAGAUCGAUACGAAACACUUAUUCUCAGAUGGUCGCAGCGCGCAAAAAUAGAAGAAGGGAAGAAGCAGCAGCAGCAGCAGUGUGGUAGGUUCCCAGCAGGCUGGAACCGAGCAGUCGACGUCUCAGAUCAUGCGGGCGAGGGCGACAGCGGUUGCACGGCUAAUGAGCGUGGGAGCCACAAAGACCAUCUUCCCAGCGUCCUCGUGACCAAGACCGUCACACUGUCGCCGUCCAGGACUCCCCGUUUCUGGCCGUCCACCCACAUCUUCAUCUGGGAGUCACUUCGACUCGACAGAACCCCUCCUCGCAUUCGCCGUCGGAACUCCUUCCGCCGCUCCUCCACCAUGCCUGUCUUCCUCGAACAGCCCGUCGAGCCCGUCGUGCUAGUGCGCGACCUCGCCGACGACGAGAACUACGUGAUCGCCGCCUUCGAGAACCACGCCAGCCACUGCUCCAAGUGCGCCGACCCCGUCAAGGUACACCGCGAGGACCGCUCGCUCUGCAAGCGCGGUCACCAGUACGCCCGGGACGUCGCCGAAUACCUGUGCAGCAAGAACGGCAAGAUCUACUCGGUAGUUGACCUGGAACGCAACCAGCCCACCCUGGUGAAGGUGCCUCUCCGGUGCGACGCCGUCCGCCAGCUCCUGGAAGCCAUCGAAGAGGGCCUCCGCGUGAACCGCAAGGACGAAACCACCGCGAAGCUCCCCCGUCAACGGCCCGUGAUCAGCUACGACCAGACAUAUCCCGCACCUCCCCGACGGACCGAGCCCGUUGCCUGCGAUACAAUCAUCGAGCGCGAGCCCCGGGCCCUCCAGCGCCGACGCGUCAUCGUCCACAACUCGCCCAAGAGCUCUCCCAGCCGCGGGUCUCUGUACGAGGCGGACGCCGCCGACCGCAUCACGCGUGUGAACCGGUCAUCGCGCAUCUACCGCCCCAGCGAAUACUACCGUUGA